AUGUAUAUUCAUUAUACAGGAUGCUUCUGUAUUCAUAUUUUAUUUGUAAAUAUAUUUAAUAAGUUUUAAAUUGUAAAAUUGAGAAAAACCAUAAUUUGUACAACUAGUUUGAAUAAUAAAAAUUUACCAGUUUAAGCUCUAAGAUCUUACAAUUUUACAUAGACUGACGGAUGUCUUACAAAAGUUACAUUACUGAUUACAAUCAGCUGUUUGUGAAAAUGCUCUUUUCCACGCACCGAAAUAUAAAGUAACCAUGUCAGUGACAGAUGCGGAAAAUAGUUUGAAAACAGUCCUUAAGAGGUUUUAUUUUCAAGAUUAUGUUGUAAAUGGAAAAGAUUUUUUUACAAGUCUCGAAGAAGAGUCAGCCGUCACUACCAGUACUAGCAGGAAUAAAAGCAGAAAUUUAAAAAUAAAGAUAAAAGAGGUUCUCCACCCUUGUUAUGGUUUAUAUGUGUGGCCUUCUGCUCCAGUGUUGGCUCAGUAUGUAUGGUACAACAGAGAGAUGUUGACUGGAAAAGUUGUUCUUGAGGUUGGUGCAGGUGUAGCUCUGCCAGGAAUAGUUGCUGCCAAAGUUGGAGCUGAAGUUUUUCUAUCAGACACAGAAUUUCUUCCUCAGUGUCUGGAACAUGUCUCUGAGAACAUAUCCCUUAACAAUCUAGACUCCAGCAAAAUAACAAUCAUUGCCAUUACCUGGGGUUUUUUCUCUUCACAGCUUCUCAGCUUGAAACCUGUUGAUGUCAUCUUGGGAUCGGAUUGCUUUUAUGAUACAAAAGAUUUUGAAGAUAUUCUUGUUACAGUGGUCUUUCUACUAAAACAGAAUCCAAUUGCACAAUUCUGGUGUGCCUAUCAAGAGAGAAGUUCAGAUUGGACAAUUGAACAUCUUUUAACAAAGUGGAGUCUUUCAUGUGAGGAAGUUCCUCUGGCAAACUUUGAUGCAGACAGUGCAGAAAUCGGAGGAUCAACCAUGCCUGGCUGUCACACUGUUCAUCUGUUGGUUAUAAAGCUUAAAGAACUAUGAAGAGAACAGUACUGGAAAUUACAGACACACAAGAAACAAGAUUUAUAACAGAAGAUCAGAAACUUGGAAUUGACAAUAUCACAACCUUUCCCAUAUUGUUAAAAUAUGUUAAUUAAAUCUUUGCAUAUUUUAGGGGCAUACCUGAUAUGCCCACUACUUUUAUUCCCAUGAGCAUAAAUUUUUUUCUUCACACUGAAUGGUAAAAUUUAUUAGGCAUAUGCUGUUUUAUAUUAUUAAUAUUUCCUUAUCUUUUUUUUAAAUUACGAAC